AUGCUCAUCUGGUUUGAUCUGGUGAGCCGGGGUGAAUCACAACGCAGCCCGAACACAGUACGUGUUCGGGCUGCCGCAGUAAGCUUUGAUUAUGAUAUUCGAUAUCGUACAUCCCAAGCGAAUGCCAAUGCCGAUUGUUUUUCACGGUUACCUGACAGAAAGGAAGAACCGGAUGUUCAAGAACCGGAAAAUGUAGCUAUCUGUCACGUAGAUGCUUUACCGAUGAGUUAUGAGGAAUUGCGCAACGCGACGCGCAAGGACAAGACACUGUCGAGAGUAAUGCGCUAUUCUCUAGAUGGGUGGCCUAAGCGGUUACCGGAAGCAGACAAAGAUCUGCAAGGCUUCUAUGGGCGCAGAUUCGAGAUUACCAUAGAAAAAGGAAUUUUGUUAUGGGGAAUGCGAAUCGUGGUACCACUGAAAAUGCGCAGUGCAGUUUUGCAAGAAGUACAUGAAGGGCACUUAGGCGUAGUCAAAAUGAAGGCCAUUGCGCGCAGCCAUGUAUGGUGGCCUGGCAUUGAUGCGCAAAUUGAAGAUGCGGCGAAGCAAUGUCAAACAUGUCAGGUGGUUCAGAAGCAACCAUCGCCAAGUCCAUUGCAUCCAUGGAUCCCAGCAACGCGGCCUAUGGAGAGGAUUCAUGUAGAUUUUGCGGGUCCCUUGGAAGGACUGAUGUUCAUGAUUGUUGUUGAUGCAUAUAGUAAAUGGCCAGAGGUGACUAUUAUGCCAAAUAUUACUACCGAGAAAACCAUUGAAGCAUUGAGAAGCAUAUUUGCAAGAUUUGGACUACCACAGAUCCUAGUAUCGGACAAUGGUCCACAGUUUACAUCCGCGGAAUUCACAGAAUUCAUGAAGUUGAAUGGAAUAGUGCAUAAGCGAAGCGCGCCCUAUCAUCCGAGUACAAAUGGGCAGGCCGAGCGUUUCGUACAAUCAGUGAAACAAGCACUGAGAGCAUCCAAAUCAGACGCAGGAAAUGUUCAGUCGAGAUUGGACAGAUUUCUUUUGGCAUACCGGAAUGCCGCACAUUCGGUUACGGGCGAAUCUCCCGCAGCGUUGUUCUUGAAUAGACCUUUGCGUAGUAGGUUGGAUAACCUCCGCCCUAACGUCACAAGAAGGUUUGCGAGCCAAUUACACGAGCAAACCAUGCAGAGAGAAACACACAGGAAGACCAAUAGAUUGCGAAAAUUUGAGAUAGGUGACCAUGUUUUGGCCCGUGAUUAUGUAGGAAGGAUUAGAUGGGUACCAGGUCAAAUAGUAGACAGGGAAGGUCCUUUAGGAUACAAAGUACAGGUUGAGAAAGGGGUAUGGCGAAGACAUGUAGAUCAAUUGUUGCCUAGAUUAGUAAAGGAAGAUGGAGAGACUGAAACUCCAGGUACAGAGUUUGACUUAGAUACAGAGAUAGAAAAGUUACAGAGUAGAUACAAUGAUGUUGGUAGAGAUCCAAUAGGUAUUGGUACCAGGGAGCCUCAAACUAGGGCAGAUUUGUCUAUGCUAGAACCAUCUCAACGAAUGGGUAGUAUGGAAAAUGAAACAAAUGGGAAUCAGGUGGAUUUUCCCAAACCUGACAGCUUCAGGUUGAGAAGAUCUGACAGGGUAAGAAAGCAACCCAGUAGACUUGUUGAAACUAUGUGA